UCGCAACAGCCGCUACGCCGUAGCGUGAUUCGCGUAGUGACGUGUGGCAUCUAUGGUACAAUAGUGUAAGCGUGAUACUCUAAAUUGAUACACAUAUGAGUGAAGUGUGUGAGUGUGUGAGUGUUGCACUAAGAUGACGCGCUAUAAAAUAGAACAGUGACACCACUAAACCACUUCUAGGCAUUUUAUAAUCACAGUUACAGAUAAUCAAUAAAAAAGAAAAAAAUGCGUGCCAGUAUCAUAAGAAUGAGAAUUUAAUUCGGAAUCGAAAAUGUCACGGACGCUAGUGUUGUGCUAAUAAGAUAGAGUGCCGUGAUAUCUUAUGAUAGAUGUGGGUGAAUGAUAGUGUUGUGAUGUUUUGUGUGAUGUGAUUUUGUUCACCAUGCGGCUGGCGUUGUGUCAGCUGAUUGCGUCCGCUGCGGUCCUAGGAGCUGUCAUUUCAAUGGCGCCGAAGAACGGUACCGCUACGGGGAGGCAUCCAAAUUAUGGUAUCGUGGGAGCUGGUCUGCCGCCUAAUGCCCAGCUUCACAUCCCACCAGGGCCUAUAUCACACAUGGUGGCGGUAGCGGGCGAGCCAGUGUACCUACCCUGCGACAUCGCGACAGAAGACGAAGAUGAUGCAGUCCUAUUGGUGCUAUGGUAUAGGGAAGACUUGGGCACGCCCAUAUACAGCGUGGACGCAAGAGAAAAAGACUUCGGUAUAGCGGAGAGAUGGUCAGAUGAAAGUGUAUUCGCAUCUAGAGCAUAUUUUCUACCUGAGAGAAGACCAGCCGAGCUGGGAGUAGACCGCGUGAGACCAACCGACCAAGGCCUCUAUAGGUGCCGGGUUGACUUCAAACAAGCACAGACGAGAAAUUCUAGAAUAAACCUUACUGUUAUUGUACCACCAAACAAGAUGGUUAUUACAGACGAUUUGGGUGACACAAAGCAGGCGAUAGUGGGACCUUAUAUCGAAGGGGAUUCUUUCACUCUGAAAUGCGAUGUCUCCGGAGGCCGACCUCGACCAUGGGUGAAAUGGUACAGAGAUGAAGUGGAAAUGGAUACACCGGUAACAGUUCUACCUGGCGGUGCAGUACGCGGCGUACUGCGCGUGGGACCUCUUACCCGCACGGACGUCCGCGCUACACUGACGUGUCGCGCGUCAAACCAUGUGCGUGCGCAUCCCAUUGAAACUACCCUCACUUUGGAUAUGAAUUUCCCCCCGCUCACGGUGCACAUCCUCGGCUCGAACCAGCCGCUGUCCGCGCGGCGCCGCUACAACCUGCUCUGCCAGAGUGCCGGCUCGCGCCCACCCGCCUCCAUCACGUGGUGGAAGAACGGACACCGGAUCAACAACGCUAAGGAGACGUUAUCAACAGACGGUAACACGACCACGUCAACGGUCUCGCUGCAGCUGACCAAAGCGGACGCGGGCGCCAAGCUGGCGUGCCGCGCGUCCAACCCGCAGAUGCCGUCCACACCACCACUGGAGGAUGACUGGAUUUUGGAUAUACAGUACGUUCCAGAAACAGUGGUCCGAUUAGGAACCAAUCUAGAUCCUAAGAACAUUCGAGAAGGAACGGAUGUAUACUUCGAUUGUAUAAUUAAGGCACAUCCCUACGUCUACAAAGUCGAGUGGCGGCAUAACGCGAAAAUGCUAAGUCACAACGUCGGUCAAGGCAUCAUCAUCAGCAACCAGUCGCUGGUGCUGCAGGGCGUCGGGCGCAGCACCGCCGGCAACUACACCUGCGUGGGGUUCAACGCGGAGGGCGACGGCGAGAGCCGGCCCUUUAUGCUCGAUGUGCUUUACGCGCCGACGUGCCGCAGCGCGCAGCAGCGCGUGCACGGCGUCGCCAAGCAGGAGCGCGCCCAUAUCACUUGCCACGUGGACGCUAACCCGCCACUCGUUACUUUCCGUUGGACGUUCAACAACACGGCGAACAGCAACGAAGUGAGCGACACGUACAUAUCGCGGUCGGGCACGAGCUCCACGGUCACGUACACGCCGCACACCGAGAUGGACUACGGCACGCUGCUGUGCUUCGCGCGCAACCGCAUCGGCGACCAGCGCGUGCCCUGCGUCUACCACAUUAUAGCUGCUGGUCGCCCUGACCAGGUCCACAACUGCACGGUGGUGAACGCUUCGCUAACAUCGUUCGGAGUUCGAUGCUCGGAAGGGUUCAACGGAGGCAUGCCGCAGUCUUUUCUUCUGGAAGUUCGAGAAAUUGUAACACAAGAGCUGGUGGCGAACGUGUCGAGCGCGGUGCCGCGGUUCACGGCGGCGGGGCUGGCGGCGGGGCGCACGUACGCGGCGGCCGUGCUCGCCUUCAACGCGAAGGGGCGCGCCGAGCCCGUGCCGCUGCGCGCCGCCACGCUGCGCCCGCCCGAGAAGCACCACGUGCACGACAAGAGCUUGGACCUGCCGCGCACCGCGUUCCAGCUGUCGGGCGCGAUGUCGGCCGCGGUGGGCGGCGGCGGCGCGCUGGUGGUGCUGCUGGUGGCGCUGGCGGUGGGCACGCGGCUCCGCUGCGGCCAGCGCAAGCCGCGCGCGCCCGCGCCGCUCGCGCCCGCCUCGCCCGACAAGCUGCGCGACAAGGACGACAGCGAGACGGACGACCGCAACCCUGACAUCAUACCCGCGGAUACGGACCACUUGCAGCUGGAGUACUACCGGCAGCAGCAGGUGUCGACGAUCUCGCCGCCGCCGGGCGCGCGCGCAUCGCGCGGCAGCGUGGCCGGUGUGCGCGCGCUGCCCGCCUACUGCGCGCUGCGCACCGCGCCCGCGCACGCG